AUUUGCUACCAAGCUGCAAAAAAUCCAGCAGGCAAAAAUGUUUUGAACUUUUUACCGAAGUAAAUCGAACAAAGAUUUUUCAAUAUUAUAUCAAUUUGAAUUUUGGCGAAAAAAGACUCUUUUUAUCAAAGUAUGUUGUAAAAAAAACCGUAAAGUAUCGAAAAGCAGAUGCAAUGAGAAAUAAGGAGUUUUCGCUUACCUAUACUUUGCCAAAAUGUACGGAAAAUAUGGCUGAAAGUAUUUCUGAACAAUUCCCUGUCUGUAAAACGAUGUUCCUUAGCACUCUGGGGUAUAAAUCCGAUGCUAUAAUAACAGAAUUUUUAAAAGGCAAUGAGAUGGACUUUCCAUUAUUAAAGGAUAAAUGAGGAGAAAACACUAAGAAACGUAUGAAACAAAUAGGAGACAAAAACUAUGAACUUGUAAAAGAACACAUUAAUUCAUACCAUCCACAACCAUCACACUACAAUCUAUCACAUGCCCCUAAUAGAAGGUAUUUAACAGCAGAUCUUUCAAUUCAUAGUAUGUAUUUAGAUUAUAAUUCUAAAAACAUAGAUAAUAAAGUUACAUACGAGACGUAUCGAAAAAUAUUUAAUAAGGAGAAUAUUGGAUUUUCUGUACCAACGCAAGAUGAAUGUGGUAGUUGUUCAAAAUUCAAGCAGCAUAGCCAUGAUGAAAACGCAACUACUUUUGAAAAUGGUGUGGUUGAAAGUGUUAAGUCGCCAGAGGAUAUGGAAAAUAGUACCCAACUAAAUAGCAAAACUAGCGAUUGUCAAAUAUGCAUGGAAUACCAGAAACACCAAAAAAGGUAUAGGGUAGCUAGUGAAAAAUACAUGGGCGGUGUUGAUCAAAGUAUUAAUUCUACUACAGAAAGGUAUGCUGUCGAUAUGCAAAAAGUUAUAAUUAUUCCAAAAAUGACUAUAAAAAACUCCUAUUUUGUCAGCAGGCUUGUAAUUUUUCACGAAACUUUUGCAAAUCUAAAAAAAGGUGGCGAAAAUAUGUGCAUCCUGUGGCAUGAAGCUAUUAUGGGCCGCAAUAGUCCGGAUGUUACAUCAGCCUAUUAUAAUAUGAUAAAAAGGCUACAGAAUAAAACAAAACAUGUAAUUUUUUGGGCGGAUAAUUGUACCUCCCAAAAUAAAAACUGGGUGUUGUUUACCUCCUGUGUAACGUUUGUAAAUGAACCAUGGGGCCCAGAAACUAUUACGUUUAAAUACUUUGAACCUGGUCACAGCUUCAUGAAGGCAGACUCCGUUCAUGGACAGAUAGGAAAAAAAUGGAAAAAAGCAGCAGAAAUUCUAGAUUUUGAAGAUUUGGAAAACCUAAUAAGGUCUUCAAAUAAAAAAAAUCAUGUCAUCAGUCUUCGUUAUGAAGACUUUAGGAAAUUUACAAAUGGGUGCCAAGGAAGAAAAAAGGAUAGCUGCUCUGUUCCAAAAUUACAGGAAAUAAAACAAGUCCAAUUUAAGAAGGGAUCGAAAAGACUUUUCUUUAAAAAAGAACUAGAACAGGAGGAAUACUCUGAAGUUUCUUUUCUCAAACCAAGGUUUAAGGUCCAACUCCCAGAGGCAGUUUCUUGUUCCAGGGGUAUUAACACUGAAAAAAAAGAGAAGAUUUUAAAGGAUUUAUUUUGGCAAUACACAUGA